CCCCCCCCCCCACCGCGUGAUUACUUACGCGUUGACGUCAUCACGCACGGUUCCCUCGCCUGAAAUAAUUGAAAAUAAGCCAAAUAUCGAAAUCAAACGUUGCGUUAACAAAUAGAUAAACGUCGCCAGCAUUGAUCGUCAUCGCGGACACAAUGACGAGGCCUCAGCAGGUGAAGGAGAAUGUUACUCCUACAUCGAGCACGAGCAAGAAUAAUAAUAAGAAUAAUAAGCGGAGCUCUGAGGCGAACGAGAGGAAGCGGUGCAAGGCUGACGCCAUGACCAAGGUGGUGGUGAGGAGGCUCCCACCGUCUCUGGACCGCGAUCAACUCCUGGACCACGUCUCUCCCCUCCCCCUUCACGACUACUUCCACUUCUGUGCCGGCGACGGGAGUUCACAGGUGAACUGCUUCUCGAGGUUCUACAUCAACUUCCGGAACUCGGAGGACAUCCCACACUUCCGCGAGCGCUUCGACGGCUACGUCUUCGUCGACAAGCACGGCCAGGAGUAUCCAGCCAUUGUCGAAUUUGCUCCCUAUCAGAAGAUUCCUAAAAAGAAGUCUUCCCACAGAGACACUAAGACCGGGUCAAUCACUGAGGAUGCUGACUACCGCAGGUUCCUGGCCGACAGGCAGACCGUGAGGAUCGUGACCAGCCCGGAGCUUCUGCUGGAGGAGGUGGAGAUGAAAAACAAAGACAUCCUCGACAGGAAGACAACGCCACUGCUGGAGUUCCUGAGGAGCAAGAAGAUGGCGAAGCUGCAGCAGCAGCAGCAGCGACGUGGACGCUUCAGCCUGCGUAGGAAGGCGCCUGUCGAGACGGCACUUGCAGGAGCUGCGCCUUUGUCGCAGCAGCAGCAGCAGCAGCAGCGCAAGGAGGAGCGUCGGCGCAGGGAGGUGGAGCGCAAGCGUCACCGCCGGGCCCACGACGACACAACAACAACAACGACGACAGCGGAGGACGUGGCAGCAACAACAACAACAUCACUGCAGCAGGACCUGACGACAACAACAACAACAACGACGCAGGACGCCACAAUAACAUCAACAACAGCAGCAGCAGCAGCGGCAGCAGCGCAGGAGGCGAGCCGGGAGAAGUCGACGCAGGGGGGAAGGAAGCCCCUAGGGGUGUUGAGAAAACCGGACGUGGAUGAGGUUCCCGAGGAUUCUGGGAGGUUCCUAACGGGGCGGAAAUACGACAAGAGCGAGUGCUGCACAGAGCAGAAGUUCUCACACAGAAGCUGGCACUGUGGCCUCAGGACACACGGAAAAGCGCGAACACAAAGCCGUGCCUGGGACUCCCGGCGUGAUGACCGCUCCGCUGUGGAGGCCGUGCCGGACGCCGGUGAAGAAGCGCCGGGAGCCGGCACAGCCCCAGGCGCGUGGGCACGCAGCUCCAACUUCGGCGGCAAGCAGUGGAAUGAGGCCUCACAGCCCUGCCGUGGCGCGUUCCAGGCAGUGGUGGGGGUCGACGCUCGAGCGGCCAGGGGUCUUGGAUUUUGGGGUGCGAGGAAAUCGGCUGUGCCGGCUGUGUCGGCUGUGCCUGUGCCGGCUGUAUCGGCUGUGCCGGCUGUGCCGGCUGUGCCGGCUGUGCCGGCUGUAUCGGCUGUGCCGGCUGUGCCGGCUGUGGCGGCUGUGUCGGCUGUGUCGGCUGUGCCGGCUGUGCCGGCUGUAUCGGCUGUGCCGGCUGUGUCGGCUGUAUCGGCUGUAUCGGCUGUGCCGGCUGUGCCGGCUGUGCCGGCGGUGGCGACGGCUGUGCCGGAUGAGGGGAGGAGGCUGGAGUCCCCCGGCAGCAGGCAGCGGCCUCACCACAAGGAGCGUGCAUCCGUUCGUCUGUCCCACGCUCAGCCCUGCCCCUGGCCUUGUCCCGAGCAGGAGGGACCCCGGCUUCCGAGGGGCAAGGCCGGCCGGCUGGGGGCAUUCCCUCCGUGUCGACCUCCGGCCGCAACAACGACAACAACAACGACAACAACAACAACAACCACCACAUCCACCGCUACAGCAGCGCUGCCACAGCCACAGCUUGCCCCGGACAUGCCCUGAGCUUCGCCUGCCCCCUUCGACCUGAGGGGAUCACGCGGAAUGCCCUUCGUGUGUGUGUGUGUCUGUGUGUGUGUCUGUGUGUAUGUAUAUCUGUGCGUAAUGCCCUUCGUGUGUGUGUGUGUCUGUGUGUGUGUCUGUGUGUAUGUAUAUCUGUGUGUAAUGCCCUUCGUG